AUGAGUAAGGUAAAACCUGAGGACUGCAUUGCCAUUGAUUUUGGAACAUCAAAUACAGCAGUCUAUGUGUAUAAAGAUAAGAAGUUUGAUAAUCCUGUAUGUACUGCUGACACUAACUAUUGUAUUCCAUCUGUUGCAGUGAUUGAUAAAAGUGGAAUAACUGUUAGUGAUAAAGUGAUCAAAUCUCAACCUUCAAAAGGAUAUAUAUAUAGUGUCAAACGAAUACUGGGAAAAAAUAAGCAUCAAUUUGAAGAGAGUGAAAUUGGUGAAGAAGUGUUCCACAGUCCACUCAAUUUCGAUGAUCCCCAAAAUCCGUAUUUUGAAGUAUCAUAUGGAGCUGGAAAUUUGGCAGGAUCUCGAAACGUAUAUCCUAUUGAAGUAGCAACAGAGAUUCUCAAGAAAUGCAAAGAGGUGGCUGAAACAAGGCUAGACAGUCAUCUUGAUGUCCGCAAUUGUGUAAUGACAAUUCCUAAUAAUUUCUUUGAUACCAGUAAGAAAGUUUUAAGAGAAGCAGCGAAACGAGCUGGUUUGAAUGUUUUGUAUUUUUUGAAAGAACCUACUGCUGCUGGAAUUUGUUGUUUAGAAGAUAAAGAGAAAAUAAAGAAUGAAAAAGGGGAGAAAGUAAUAGACUUAGGUAUAAAAGAAGGUGAAAUGGUAAUGGUAUUUGAUUUUGGAGGAGGUACCUUGGAUUUAACGUUAAUGGUUCGUAAUGGUGACGAUUUUGAUGUGAAAGCUCAAGGUGGUGAUCCGAGCUUGGGUGGAGAUAAGAUUGAUGAAAUCUUUUGUAAAUAUGUAUUACAAAUAUACCAAAAUAAAAAUGGUGAAGAGUUAUUAGGAGAUAACGUUGGUUCAAAAAGAUACAAGAAAAAGUAUACAAAGUUGUUGGAUUUGUGUCGUGAAGGUAAAGAGCAACUAUCUGCCAGUGUGAAGUUUGAUAUUCCUUUAGGUGAUUUUAAUGUGGAACAUGAUGAUAUGCUCAUUACAGUUGAAGAAUUCAAUGGCAAUGUAAUGAAGAUAAUUCAGUCUCGUAUUGAUACAGCACUGGAGAAUGAUAUCUUUAAGAGAAAUAUCGAUCAGAUAAAGCAUGUUAUUUUGGUGGGUGGUUCUUCUAAGAUUCCCUUUAUUCACAACUAUAUAAGACAGUGGAUUCCAAAUGCCAAAGUUCACAGGAGUCAUAGUCCUCACACAGUCGUUGUCGAAGGAGCCAUGCGUCAUUUAGUGAAUGAAUAUAAUGUUGAAGAAGUAUUCGAAGAUUCACUUGGAUUCGAGGUCAACAAAGAAAUGAGCGAGCACUUCUAUCCCGGAAUCCGUCUUCCUUGUUCAACGAUCAGGUAUUUCACAUUCUAUAAUAAUAGGGAUGAUAACAAAAUAAAGGUUCAUCGCAAGGUCAAUGGAAAAUGGCGUAUAGAAGGUGUAAUCGAUCUACAAGCCGCUUAUGAAAUGGGAAUAAGAACAGGUCAAACAGUUCAAAUCAGAGUGACGUGUACAAACGAUACAAGUGUUACUUAUACUGUGUUGGGUCGUGGACGAAAAGCAAUCGGAACUUUAGAUUUAUCUUUAGUCUUUUCUGUUUGUUCCAACCCUUUGAAAAUGGUAUACACGAAUUGUUAA